UAUACCCAAUAUGCAAAACCAACUUCAAUAGUUCCUCACUAUUCUAGCCUCAAGAGAAGAAGUUAUCUUUAUGAUUCGAAUCUUAACUCACUAAACUCUUGAAGAUGGAAGAAAUCUCAGGGAAUAUCAAUAUGAAAUCAUGAGAGGAGAGAGGAAAAGAGAAGAACUAGAAAAUUAAGUGUAUGAAAAGUGUUUUAUAGGGUUUGAUAGUUAUGCGGCUAUAGAUGAAUCUACAGAUAGAAAAGUAUUCCUUCCCAAAGUAGUGUAGAAGUUUAACAAAAUACUAACCUACUAUUCCAAUAAAACAAAGGUAAUCUACAUUCAAUUUAUAAGAUCUACUUCCCUAAAUAAGGAUAAUAAAUCGGAUAGGAGAACAUGAGUUAGCCAAAUCUAAGGAAUGUCAUAAUGCGCAUGUAACAUGAGAGCUUAGUUACCAUCCUUAAAUACUUAACAAACUAGUAGAAAAUGAGAAUGAAGCUAGAACUCAAUCGGGCAUAGUAUAUGGAAAAGUAAUAUAUAAAAGGCUAUGCAUUAUUCUAGAGAAGAGAGGUGCAAUCGUAAUGAGAAGUUCUUUUCCGAACCUCUGCUCACGGGAAACUUUGGUAUGAAUUACAUCAACAAAUUGCAUCAGAAGUAUUAUUUCUUUGCAUCAUAACGCAAUUGGAAGAAUGUUUAUGAUGUUCUCAUUUUGGAUGACAAUACAAAAUAGUUGUAUUUAUAAGGAGCAGGUUAAUAUGGAUAUUUAUGUAGGUUUUAAGAGUGUCAUUGGCAGCAUCAAUAAAUAAAAGAAGACUACUGAUGCCCCUUAGGUUUAUAUUCCCAUAGAAACAACUCAAGAAAUCAUUACUACUAGAUAUGAGAAGUUGCUCAAGGAUCUCAUGGAUAUGAAUUACCAUGUUUCAAAAUCUAUCAUGAAAUACAAUGAAUCGCAUCAACGCAGAAAAAAGAAUAAGGAGUCACAAAAUAGGAUCAAAAUAACUACAACCAGACACUCAUAAUAGGUUCAGAUGCUUAAUUUAAGUGACUUUGGUAAAUUUUCUGCUCCAUCAUCCAGAUAUAGUAGAACACGACAAAUCAAAACACAGUUGUCAUGCAUGCAGUCUCCAUCUGAACCUCACUUUAGAUAACAUGAGUUUCUUUUAAGUUUACGCCAACCUGUUAAUUCAGGUCGUCUGAUUAAUAAAUACAUUAAUUAAAAUUCAUGAAAUACUUUAAGGAAGCUUCAUUCUCAAUAAAAUAAAAAUUUGGUUACGCUCCGGAAGAAUAAGCUAUCAAACUCUUUGAUCAAGCAUAUCAUUACGAGAGCUCGAUUCUCCCCAUCAAUCUUCUUGAUCAGAUAGCUGAAUUGAGUUUUCAAAUGUAUAUAUAAUUGAAAUUAUUUUUAGCGAUCAUUAUCCUAAAAUAAUCAAUUAAAUAGUUCUGUAAUUAUCUACUACCGGAAUCACUCCCAACGUUAUUCUUAAAGUACCAUAUCUCUCCAUUAAUUUAAUUAGACACUUAUUAUUACAGAUUAUCUAUUGAAAUAUGGAUGUUCCGGUAUUAUUGAUGAUUUGAAGGUUAGAAUAUACAUGUUUAGAAAUUAUCAAGAAUUUAAAGUAGAAUUCUAAGAUCCUAUUUAUAUAACAUGUAACAUUUUGUACUAUUUAAAAAGUACGGCAAAAGGCUGGAAACAUUGCUAAUUAGUUAACUAAUAGAAAGCUUUUGUAUAAGGAGAAAGAAAUAGCUAAGUAAAUGAAGCUUAAGAUAUAAAUCAAUAAGCAAAAAACCUAAUCAUUAAGUCAUUAAGAUUAUAAAUAGACAACCACCACUCUUGAUGAUAUUCUGGAAAAUUAUAUUUUUAAAUACAUGGAUAAAUUUAAUGACAAAUUAGAAGGAUGGGGAGAUCAAAUAAACGACAAAUUAGAUCAAAUAAUUGAUAAUAUCACAAUAAAUGCUGCUUAUGAAAGAGAUGAAAAUGGGUAUUACUUUCCAGAAUCUUGCAUGGAGGAAAUCACCAUUACUAAUAAACCGAAUAAGAGUUAAGAAUAGCCAUAGAAUGAUCAAUAAAAUAAAAAUCAUCAGAAGAAAGAUUUAUGUAAUUAUCAUUUAAAUAAUGUAGUGGAUUUUGAAAACGAUAAUAUUUAGUAAUAACAGAAGUAAGAGAUUAAUUUACUUGAUUGA